CUCUCAACCACUGCGCCACCAGGGAAGCCCAGAUAUACAAAUCUGAAGUCUGGAACUCCUGCAGCUCUUUAAUAUCAUAAAAGAAAUCACCCACACCCAAAAGAGAUUGCUGAUAAAUUAAAGAGGACUGGAAGAGUCCUGUUGGAACUAUGCUUGAAGCCCUCUCUACUGCUGAACUUUUUCUCUGCUGACUGAUGUCUGGGACCGCAGGAAGGAAGAGGCAUAGGCUGGCAUCUGGAACAAUCUGAAGGAUUAUUGACCCAUAUGUCUGGUGAUUGAUGCUAGACUGGGACUUCCCCUGGGGCUGUCACCCACAACACCCACACAUGGCUUCUUCAAGUAGCUGAUUCCUCAUAGCAUGGCAGCUGGGUUCCAAGAGAAAGCAUCCCAAGCUCUAUCAUCUUUUAUGACUUAGCCUCAGAAGUUGCAUAGCAUCACUCUGAGAUCAGAAAUCACAUUGAUCCAGCUCUAAUCUGGUGGAACAUCAAAGUCACAUUGUCAAGAGAAGCCUGUGGAAUGGGAAAUAAUGUUACAUCCAUUUUGAAAACUACAAUUUGCCGCAAUACCAUGCUGUUUCUUGUUUCUAAGGCCUUAGAUAUUUUGUGACAUUUUUUUCUACCUUCUUCACUGGCUAAACCAUACUCAGCCUCCUCUGGUGAGAGGGCUCCCUAUGAAUGUACACACAGCACCCUGUAUUUCUUUUAUAGAGUUUACUUGUAAUUUACCUGUCUGUCUCCUCCACCAGUCUGUAAGGUCCUUGUCUUCAAGUCUUCAUUGCUGUAAUACAACAUAUUUAGCAAAAUAUAUGGAUGAGUAAUAAAGCUUUAUCUUGCACUUUGUAUAGCAAACCAGUUUCAUUUAAACUGGUUUCUCAUUUUUGAGACAGCCCUCAGCUUCAGACUUUUAAUAUCCUUACAUCCUGCAUUUUUAAGUCCUUUGCACUGACACCUCUAUGCACCUUCCAGAUACAAAGUUCAGAUUUUUAUAAGCCAGGCAAAGAACGUUCUAAGCCACCUCAUGGUGGCCAUGCCUGGCAACCAAUUGUUCGGUCUUAGAAACAUCACUACAUGUGCACAGCAGAGCGAGUGGAAAAAGGAAAAAAUAUGUAACUCUGAUACUAGUGAUAAGAAGUAAAAUCUCACAGGUACUAUGAUAGAGUCAAAGACGGAAAUGAUUAAAAAUGAUGAAAGUGCAAUAAAGAACAAGAAAAGAACAAAAUGGAAAGAACAUGUACAAGAUGCUGGAAAUAUCAUCAAAGAUGGAAUCUAAAAGGAAGAAAAGAGAGUGUCCCAAGAGGCCAUAAGAAUUCUGAGAUUUUAAGCCUAAGCGAUUGGGAAGACAGCUGCCCUUCACCCAGAUAUGGAGCCUGGAAUAAGGAGACAGCAGUUUUGGUUGUGGGAGGUGAUGGUUCCCUCCGUCACACACUGACUUGAAGAGUCUGCUAGGAUAUCCAGGAAAUGGAAGCCUGGAGUUGAGAAGUUAUCACGGAAGGUGUGAGGAAGAAAACUACUAAGGCAAGAAAGGAGAGACAGGGACCACAUACCGAGAUGGAUCCAAAAUGAGCCACAGGAUUUCCCUGUUGCAGAGUUUCUGAGAGAAUAAUAGAUCUGACAGCUGGAAGGGGCUUCAGGAGUUGGUGUGAGCCCCUUUUCUUCCAACAUGUAUAAAUAUGUUCUUCCUAUUUUCUAAAUGAGGGGACUGCAGUUCUGAGGUGGGUGAUUUUGAUAUCGACAUGGCCAGUGAGUGGUGCUGGCGUGGAGGUUGGGGGAUACCUGCCGCCUUCUACUACGCUCAAGUGCUUCUCACAAGAAGACGCCACCAUCACGCAGAGAGUAGGAAACAGGAAACAGGAAAGAAAAAGAAAAGGAACGCAGGACCCAUAGAAAUCUUGGCAGCAAAGUCUGGCCAGAUGUCACAAGUGGCACACAGUAGGUCUCUAUAUAUUGACAAUAGAGGCAAGACAAAGAUGACUGGCAAAGUAGAGCAAUGAACCUAGAGACUGUUUGACUUUGUGGUCUGUAGUGCCUGGGAUUAUGUACAAACCAUAUCUGGCCCGUGUUCAUUGGAUAUGUGGUAUCUCUGAGACUUUAUAAAAAUCAAUUCAUUCAACAAGAAAGCCAGUUUGAUAAAAGAGGGAAAAUUGCCAGUGAGGCUAAGGUGACAGCAAUUUCAGGCACCGUGUAAGCUGAUUAGCCUCAAACAGAGACGCUGCUCUCUGUGCUGAGACCUCUAACCCUGCGGCCGUCUUGGAGACUUGUGGUGCCGGUCACGAGGGCAGCAUGGGCAAUGAGUGAAGGCCAAGACCUUAUCAGGAGAGUCUCCCAGGAAGCAGGUUAAUCAUCGCCAGAAUGAGAAAGGGAGCCUGUGGGUCCGGAGGCUGUGAUGUCCGCCUUCUACUUUGCUCCGCAUUGCUGCUCCUGGACAGAAGCGGCUUCAACCUGGGUGAUGCCUCUUAGCUGAGUUGAGUGCCACCCCCAUCUGCAGAAAAUUGGCAACAUCUCUGAGGAGCCCUUGCUUUUCCUGGGAUACCCAGCAUCAUGGUUUCCUGUUUCCUGGAGUCUCUCAGUGUCCUGGGUUCCCUCCUGCUUCUUGGAUUCCAGCUCGUCUGCCCACAGCCCUCCACUGAACACAGAAAGGUCCCGCAGCGGAUGGCGGUGGCCGAGGGCGCUCCAGAGGACGGCGGCGGCGGCGCCCCGGGCGUGUGGGGCGCCUGGGGCCCCUGGUCCGCCUGCUCGCGCAGCUGCAGCGGCGGCGUGAUGGAGCAGACGCGACCCUGCCUGCCCGGCUCGUACCGCGCACGCGGCGGACCGCCGCCCGGAGCCCCCGCGCGCGCCUUCGCAGGCCACGUGGUGUCAGCCGUGCGUACGUCGGUGCCGCUUCACAGGAGCCGCGAGGAGCCACGCGCCCCCGCCAGCCUCAACUCCAGCCGCCAGGGUCCGGCGCAGCGAGGUAGCCGGCACCCGCAGGCCCGGGGCCGCGAACCCACGGUGGAGAGAAGGAGCAGGACCCGAGGUCCCAUCGGCCCUGGCAUGUAUGGCUAUGGUAAGGCCCCAUACAUCUUACCACUGCAGACGGACUCUGCACACCUGCCACAGAGGCUUCGGAGGCAGAGGCCCUCAUCCCGGAAUUCCAGGUCCCAGGGGGCAUCUGGUUCUAGCCGUGGCUACAACCCUCCAGCCCACCGGGCCCCCCGACAUGGACCUCUGUACCAGAGUGACAGCGGACCUCGUCCUGGACUGCAAGUCUCGGAAGGCUCCAUCUACCAGCUGCCUUUGACCCAUGACCAAGGCUUCCCUGAAGCCUCAGAUCUCUUCCACAACCCAGAAACAAGCAGCAGCCCUGGCCUGGGGGCCCACAGGGCAGCUCAGAGCUUCUCCCAGCCUGCCCGAUCUACAGCAAUCUCCUGCAUUGGGGCCUAUCGGCAGUACAAGCUGUGCAACACAAAUGUGUGUCCAGAAAGCAGUAGAAGUAUCUGGGAGGUACAAUGUGCAUCCUACAACAACAAGCCGUUCAUGGGCCGGUUUUAUGAAUGGGAACCGUUUGCAGAAGCCAAGGGCAAUCGGAAGUGUGAGCUGAACUGCCAGGCAAUGGGCUACCGCUUCUACGUACGGCAGGCGGAGAAGGUCAUUGAUGGUACCCCCUGUGACCAGAACGGCACGGCCAUCUGCGUGUCUGGGCAGUGCAAGAGCAUUGGCUGUGAUGACUACCUAGGCUCCGACAAAGUCGUGGACAAAUGCGGGGUGUGCGGAGGCGAUAACACGGGCUGUCAGGUUGUGUCGGGUGUGUUUAAGCAUGCCCUCACCAGCCUGGGCUACCACCGGGUUGUUGAGAUUCCUCAAGGAGCCACAAAAAUCAACAUCACCGAGAUGUACAAGAGCAACAACUAUUUGGCCUUGCGAAGUCGUUCUGGCCGCUCCAUCAUCAACGGGAACUGGGCAAUUGACCGGCCUGGAAAAUAUGAAGGAGGAGGGACCAUGUUCACAUACAAGCGACCAAAUGAGAUUUCGAGCACUGCCGGAGAGUCCUUUUUGGCCGAAGGUCCCACUAAUGAGAUCUUGGAUGUCUAUAUGAUACACCAGCAGCCUAACCCAGGGGUCCACUACGAGUACGUAAUCAUGGGGAACAAUGCCAUCAGCCCACAGGUGCUGCCUCACAGGAGACCAGGGGAGCCCUUCAACGGCCAGCUGGUACCAGAAGGGGGGAACCAGCAGGAGGGAGAAGGGAAAGAGGGGAACGAAGAGAAAGCAGACGUGCACGGCGGGGCACCUGAAAUAUUCACCUCGGAAUCAGCACAGACCUUCCCGGUCAGGCAUCCUGAUAGAUUCUCUCCCCACCGGCCAGACAGUGUGGUACCACCAGCACCACAGACCCCACGGCGGAGCCGGGAUCACAACUGGAAACAGCUGGGGACAACGGAGUGCUCGACAACCUGCGGGAAAGGAUCGCAGUACCCUAUUUUUCGCUGUGUGAACAGAAACACUCACGAAGAGGUUCCUGAGAGCUACUGUGACUCGAGCAUGAAGCCGACCCCGGAGGAGGAACCCUGCAACAUCUUCCCUUGCCCAGCCUUCUGGGACAUCGGGGAGUGGUCUGAGUGCAGCAAAACCUGUGGCCUGGGCAUGCAGCACCGCCAGGUUCUGUGUCGCCAGGUGUAUGCCAACCGCAGCCUGACGGUGCAGCCCUACCGCUGCCAGCACCUGGAGAAGCCUGAGACCACCAGCACCUGCCAGCUCAAGAUCUGCAGCGAGUGGCAGAUCCGGACGGACUGGACCUCGUGCUCGGUGCCCUGCGGAGUGGGGCAGAGGACCCGCGAUGUGAAGUGUGUGAGUAACAUCGGGGACGUGGUCGAUGACGAGGAAUGCAACAUGAAACUCCGGCCCAACGACAUUGAGAACUGCGAUAUGGGACCCUGCGCCAAGAGCUGGUUCCUGACGGAGUGGAGCGAGAGGUGCUCGGCAGAGUGUGGGGCUGGAGUGCGGACACGCUCGGUGGUGUGCAUGACCAACCACGUCAGCAGCCUGCCGCUGGAGGGCUGCGGGAACAACCGGCCAGUGGAGGCCACCCCGUGUGACAACGGGCCCUGCACAGGCGAGGUGGAGUGGUUUGCGGGAAGCUGGAGUCAGUGUUCCAUCGAGUGUGGGAGCGGGACCCAACAGAGGGAGGUGAUUUGUGUUAGGAAGAACGCUGACACCUUUGAAGUGCUGGACCCCUAUGAAUGUUCCUUCCUGGAGAGACCCCCCAGCCAGCAAUCCUGCCACCUCAAGCCCUGUGGAGCCAAAUGGUUUAACACAGAAUGGAGCAUGUGUUCCAAGAGCUGCCAGGGCGGCUUCCGCGUCCGGGAAGUGCGCUGUCUGUCUGAUGAGAUGACCCUAAGUAAUCUCUGCGACCCUCAGUUGAAACCAGAAGAGAAAGAAUCUUGUAACCCUCAGGACUGUGUCCCUGAAGUUGAUGAAAGCUGCAAGGACAGGUACUACAACUGCAACGUGGUGGUCCAGGCCAGGCUCUGCGUCUACAACUACUACAAGACCGCCUGCUGCGUCUCCUGCACGCGCGUGGCCAACAGGCACUCGGGCUUCCUGGGGAGCAGAUAACACCCCGCUCCACAACCAUGGGCAGGUCAGGGAGUCUGUGAGCAGUGGGACUGGCUGACUGCUGCCCCUCCUGGGGGCUCCCUGGCCUGUGGAGCUGCCAGCCAACUUAGUCAGCACCCCACCUUCAUAAAGUGUACACACGGUGCCCAGGAGCAAGGCCACAGUUGUCCUUUGAGCAUCACCGUGAACUGCUGACCCCUCCUUCAGAAACCUGGCACCUGCGCUCUCUGCAGACCGAGCGGUGGGGACUGCACGCAGCUCUCGGCCGACUCCCGUCCUGGCACUUUCUAAGUCAGCAGUCAGGCCCUGUCUGGGCACUGCCUAGCCCCAGUGCUGCUGGCCUUUCUAAUACCAGCGCCCCUUGGAGAAUCAGAGGAGACAGUCCCCCGACCCCAGAGCCCCCCUAAGCCUUGCUAGGAUGCCUGCAUUCCUCUGUUACCUCAGCCCGCCUGUGCCUAUUUUUACUCAAAGACAUUAGGCUCUUUUCCAGCCUUGUGACACAAAUAUCUCAUGCCAGUUUAGAGCUUUAUUGUUUUGCAGGUGUAUUCAGAGAUAUUAGCUCAUUAGCGGCUGUGAGCACAGCGCUCCAGAAUGGGAGUCAGGGAAUGAAUCUUGUCCCCAUUUUACUGACAAGGAAACUGAGACUGAACUUAGGUAACCUACCUGCCACGUUAGCAGGUAAUUGACCCAUUCAGUGACAGAGCUGAGUCCUGACCCCAGUCGUCGAGGCCUGUCCAGAAGGCUUAGGUCUGCAGUAUGUGGCUUCAUUUCAGACCUAGAGGCUGAGAAGUUUCCCAUUCAGCAAACAAAGCCCAGACCUUUGAAUUCUUUCCUCGGGCCAAAAGUCAAGUCUUUAUCUCCUGUGCCCAGUUGUUUCAGGAGUCUGUUUCUUUUUUCCCUUCCCCCACAAAGUCACAGGUCCUGGUGACAGGACUCUGCACAGUUUCUUAAACCCCAUCCUUAAUGGAACUAUGCCAUGAGGUAAGAAAGCCAUUGGGGUAGAAAGGUGAUUGCCUGAAAUUCUGAUUCCCCUCCCCAGUGGUACAUGCCGCCCAUGGAAUCCUACAUGGUGGACCCUUUGGCCUUUUGUCUCCCAGAGCAGAUUUCCAGAGCACACAGCUCUGUCCCCUGGGCUCUCACCCCUUCCUCAGCCAUCUCUCCUGGGUCCUUCCCCACACAUCGCCCAGUGGAAAGUCUAACCAACCUGUCCCAGCAAAAGCCCUAUAUUUAUAUUAGAAAGAGUCUCCCUUGGGUCUUUCUGGUUUGUUUUGCAGAUGUCUCUGUGUGACUUUGCAUCCCUCCCUUCCCCCAUGACUCACAGCCCAUAUUCCCCCUCCCAGAUGUGAGCACUAAGAUCUAUAUUAAUGCAGCCAGCCUGGGAAAAGGGGCUGUGAACUCCUCCACGAUGGCCCCAGCGUCAGGGUCUUCCCUGAUUCACUUCACAUAACUCUGUAGUUCCUGAGGUCUGUGGCUGGAAGGGGAAUGCAGUGCAUAUGAAAGAUGAACUAUCUGAAAAAUCAGUGAGGAUAAAGAAGGGGGGACGUAUAUAUAUACGUAUAUAUAUAUAUAUAUGUAUAUAUAUACAUAUAUAUAUAUGUAUAUUCUUACACCCACUAAGAAAAAUAAUCAGGCUGAACAAAUUGGAAGCGUAUAGAAAAUUUAUCUUAUUUAGUACUAUGGUCCUGGGCGUAUUUCCCUUUCAAAGCAAGCAUUUGCUUUGAAAUUCAUAGCAACUGAGUUUCUCCCGUGAGCCCUUUAACCCAAAAAUCUGCUAAUUUGGUGAUGAUUUGCAGCUUUUGGAAGCAGUAUCACCAGCUCAGUCUUGCACACUCCGUUAGGUUCCCACUAACCUUGAGCUUUCAGAAAUUCUAUUUGGCCUUUUUAGGUGACCUCUUUCUGGAGAGCCCCAGCCAUCAUUUCCCCCAAAGCACCCUAUCUCUCCUGAUCCUUACGUAACUCAUGCAGUAAGCAGCAGGACAGAGGCCCAGAUUCCUGGGCCCACCAAGCAAAGACAGACCAGAGAGGCCAAGCAUAUGGCUGGUUUCCAUCCAGCACCCACUCUUUCCCUCUCGCCACUUGCCUUUGCUUCUUGUCCCAAGGGAGGGUUUCCUUUAUGCAACUGCUCUCAGAUGUUGCUGUACAAGCCAGUUAUUUGAAGGAUUCUUUGGAGGAAGCUUUCUUUACCUGCUGGAGGACAGAGCAAGAUCAAUGGGUGGAAGAGCAGAAAGGCUGAUUUCAGCUCAGAUUGUGGGAAAACCUUCUAGCCAUCCAGGCUGCCCAGCGCAACAGAGGUAUCGUGUCCUAAUGAGUGAGCUCUCCAGCCUAAAAGGGAUUUCUCCACCAAGUGGGAGGUGAGCAUCCUGGGUCCUUCCAACUCAGGAUUCUCACGACUGGGCUGGGGCAGUGACGGCUUUGUCUCUUUGACAUCCAGCAGUGUCCUGUGGCUCCUAAAUGUCACCUAAAAGUUCUUUAAAGGGACAGUGGUCCUUUCAUGAGAACGGCCAUCCUGCCAGUUGUGGAAUUGGAUAGGAGCAAAUAAAUCAACCCCAUGUCUUCAGGGGAAAGAAGUACUGAAACUAGGGGUCUUUUUUCUCUUGCAACAAAUAGUUGAGUUAAUCUUAGAAUUCAUUUAUGUCUGGAAAGCUUAUAAAUUGCUAGAUGAGGGGUUUUAUCAGCUUGACUUGGAAAUCCAAUUUUUACUAAUCUCCUUGUUUCUUAUGUCAACGUCUAAAUGCCUUUGUUCUUAGCACAACACACAUGAUAAUGUCCUUUAGUAUUUUCAGUGACAAUGUUCCUUUCUCCCUCCAGAGAUGCCUCUUUCUCAUUUUCUUGUCCCCUUAUCUCAUCCUCUCCUUCCCAUGACCCACCAUCUACUUCUCAGUCCUCUGCCUUGUCCCUUAACUGGCUAUGAUGCAGAAAUGAAAUUUACAUUUUAAUACAGCUUUUUUUUUUCUGUGUACCAGAUUGCCUCAGUCCCUGCUCUGAAUUUUAAAAUUAGAUAAAUUAAAGCUGUUCUGUGUUUUUCUCACAAAAAAAUCAACAAAACUGCAAACAGAAAUAGAUUGCUUUUUUUUUUACUAUCACUUAUUAGAAAAGGAAAGUGUGCCCCUUGCAGCCUAGGCAAAAGCCAUUCAGUGCAGCCCAUUCUCCCCAUCUCACGUAGACUCGCCUUUCUCCCCUUAGAAAAGGAACAGCAUAAGAAAUAGGGCAUUUAAAAAAAAAAAAAAAAAAAAUCUUGUAAACUUGGCCACUAGAUGGCGUCAGUUCAUUUCAUUAACGGCGUGUACAGUGCCCCCUGCUUGCGAGCUGGUGGGGAAGCCAGAUGAGCGGGGCCAGUGCCCGCCCUAGAGGAGCUGCAGUGUGACAGAAGCGCUCAGAACUGUCCCCAUCUGUCCCGUUGCCUUAAUUCUCUGACCCAGGGCUCUUGGAGUGUGUAUCGUUUACUCACCCUCAAAGUGUUUAGCAUUCAACACUCUUUCCUUUAAAAAGAAUGACCUUCCAGAGGGAUGAAAAUGAGGGACACUGGCUUCAUUUCUUUUUGUCAAGCUGUGUGGCAGGGAGAGAAACCCAGAUGUUACUAGUAACUUUCUAAACCAGUGGCUCUCUUUUUCUUUAAUAUAGCCACUUUAGAAUUUGAAUAUCUGCUUUCUAAUGUCAAAGACACAAAUAUAAGUGGUAAAAAGAAACAUGACUUUCCUUGAAACAGGCUGAAUAGGCAAACCUGAGGGAACCUCUAUCAGCCUGGCAGGUGGAGGCCAACAUUUGAUCCUGCCAUAUGAAACACUCUUUACGUGGCUUAGAUGGGAAAUUAGACACCUUCCUGAUGAAAUUGGUGGAUGCCAAGAAGCUGGAGAGGUAACGCUUGAAUGACACGUUCUAGUACCAAAAAAGUCUGGGAGACUAGAACGAAACCUGGGAUCUUCAAAAUUCACCAGGAAGCAACAUAAAGUCCCACCUUUGGAUUAAAACAAAAAACAAUGCAAGUACAAGGUGGGGGAGAUGCAAGAGUUUCAGUGGAUGAAGUUCAAUGUGAGUCAAGAAAGUGGGAUGGAACUACCCCCAAACACACACACACACACACACACACCACACACACACACACACACACACACCACACACCACACACA